CAACCUCAGUCACUCAUCACUUCGUCCUCUCUCUCAUCCCUCCAGUACUGUCUGCAACUCCAGAAUUAGGGCACACUCGAGAAAACCAAACCAAAAAUGUCUCUCUCAAUCUCACCAUCACCUAUCUUCUUAUCCGGCCCCACCGAACACCUCUUCCUCACCAGAAAACUCUCCCACCUCUCCCUCCACACCACCACCACCACACGCCGACCAACGAUGAUUCGCAUGGGCGGCGGACCCAGGACCUUCCCCGGCGGCGUGUCGAAGUGGCAGUGGAAGCGCAUGCAGGCGAACAAAGCCAAGCAGUUACUGAAGGCACGCCUUGCGCGCGAGCGACAGAUCUACGAGAUGCGCAAGAGGGCCGAGCUCAAGGCCGCCGUGUCCGAGCUUGAGCGGCCGUGGGAGGUCGUCAAGCAGGCCCCGAAGCUCUUCUCCGUCGCCGCCGAUGAGCAGGUGAAGGUUUUGGCUGAUAGGUUCCAGAAGCCUGGUGGUUUUGAUAUGUGGUCGGAAAAGGAUGGGCCCCAGGUGUUGAGCCCCGUCGAUGAAGUCCCCUCGGCGAGGUUUUUUCCGAAAGGUGUUAUUCAUAGUAUUAAGCCCUAUGGGAAAGUUGAUAAGGAUUUGGAUGAUGUUGGCAAUUUGUAUCAGCCUGGUUCGAUUUCGGAGUCUGUAAAUGGUAACGGAAGAAAUGGGUUGAUAGUGAAUGGGACUCUCAAUAGUUCUAAUGGUAAAUUGAGGAUUAAGGGUAAAAGGAUAAGGUCCGGGGGUGAAAAUCUGGACGGUCUGAAUGGUUUCAUUUCGGGAGAAGUAGGUGGUGAUGGGGAACAAAGAACUGAGACUUUAGCUAGGUGUACUGGUAAUAAUCAGCCAAUUAGGGGCAGAGGUUCACAGAAAUUGAGAGUGCCAAAUUCGGAAGCAUCUGAUAUGAGUUUUGAAGAUGAUGGUUUGAGGAAGAAGGGGAAAAGGAUAAGGUAUGGGGUUCGAAAUCUGAAUGCUUUGUAUGGUUUGGUUCCGGGAGGAGUUGGUGUUGACGGGGAACAAAGAAAGGAGACUCCAGCUAGGCGUACGGGUAAUACUCGGCCUAAUAGGGGCAGAGGUUCACAAAAAUUGAGAGGGCCAAGUUCGGAAGUGUUUGAUAUGAGUUUACAAGAUGAUGGUUUGAGGAAGAAGGGGAAAAAGAUAGUGUCUGGAUUUGAAAAUUCAAACAAUUUGAAUGGUUUUGUUUUGGGUGGAGUUGGUACUGAUGGGAAACAAAGAAGGGAGACUCCAGCAAGGCGUGGGGGUAAUAAUCGGUUUACUAGGGGCAGAGGUUGGCAGAAAUCGAGAGAGCCAAAUUCGGAAGUUUUUGAUAUGAGUCUACAACAUGAUGGGAGUUAUGGGUUUCAAGCAGAGAAGUGAAAAACGUGACUCAAAUCACUGGUAUACUAAAUGUAGCUAAACAAUGAAGAAAGUCAGAUACAUUGUGUUUCUAGAUUGUAACUCCUCAGGAACUGUUUCUAGAUUGUAACUCCUCAGGAACUGUGUGAUGAGAAUGCAGGAACAUUUUGCGGCUCUUUUCCAUUUCUUGAUUUGGAGCUCCUAGAGUCCGAAGUGAAAUGAUUUGAGUCUUUCUCAUUUGGUACAGGAAGUAGAUUAGAUUUCAUGGUUUGGAAGUUGGUCAGGUAAUAAUCAUCACUGUCCUAAAUCAUUAGAUGUGUAUAAUUACUGCACUGUUAACAUAUUUAUGCAAUGUACAGUCUUGUUUUCUUGAGUCAGAAAAUUAUGAAGAUAUUCUGAUAUUGAAUGAAAAUAUAGAAAGGGCUAAAGUUGUUUCUA